AUGACUGCAAUCACUCUUCCUCUGUUCGUAGGUUUAAGCCAUAGUCGGCGCGUGAAGAAAUUGAGGAAAAAAAAAAAUUCGACCAAAAAAGAAAAGAAAAAGAAAUUGAGAAAAAUGGCGGUGAUUAAAAUUUAAAAAAAAACAAAAUAUCGUAAACAACAUAGAGGAAGAAUGAAAGGAAUAUCUUAUCGAGGUAAUCAUAUUUGUUUCGGUAAAUAUGUUCUUCGGGCACUUGAACCCGCUUGGAUCACAUCUAGACAAAUAGAAGCAGGGCGACGAGCAAUGUCAAGAAAUGUGUGCCGUGGUGGAAAACUAUGGGUACGUAUAUUUCUAGACAAACCGAUUACGGUAAGACCUACGGAAACACGUAUGGGUUCGGGUAAAGGAUCCCCCGAUUAUUGGAUAGCUGUCAUUAAACCAAGUAUAAUACUUUAUGAAAUGAGCGGGGUAGCAGAAAAUAUAGCUAGAAAGGCUAUUUCAAUAGCGGCGUCCAAAAUGCAUAUACGAACUCAAUUUAUUAUUUCGGAAUAGGAACGUAG